CAACACAUUGACAAUCCUUUUUUCAACAAACGUUUAAAAACGCCAAAUUUUCAACAUUUAUUGUUGUAAAUAAUAAAAUAAAUUCAAAAUGAGUACUAUGCCAGUUAGUUCUUCGACCCUACUGCCUCUGGAGUUAGUAGAUAAAUGCAUAGGGUCCAGAAUUCACAUAAUAAUGAAAAACGAUAAAGAAAUCGUGGGGACUUUGUUGGGUUUUGACGAUUUUGUUAAUAUGUUAUUGGAAGAUGUAACCGAGUAUGAAACAACACCUGAAGGUAAAAGGAUCACGAAAUUAGAUCAAAUUUUGUUAAAUGGAAAUAAUAUAACAAUGCUUGUUCCUGGAGGUGAUAUGCCUGAAUAGAUUAGUUUUAGUAAUAAAAUAUUUUUAUAAGUACAGCAUCGUAUUAUUA